AUGGUGGCAAAGGAUUAUCCGAUUUAUCUCUCCGCCAAAAGGGCGAGCUGGGCGCUGGAGGAGCGGACUGUAGUCCGGGGUCCUCAUCGUGGAGCAGAGGUGCUCAGUAAAAGGUGUGUGAAGUCCUCACUGUCCAGCCUCAUCUCCCCUGAGAAGGCCACGCCCCAGAGACGCGUUGGGCGGACUGUGCAGCGCUCCCUGCGGAAUGAGGGUGGGGCUGACUCCCAGCCCCUGUGUUCCUGGAGUCAGGCCCUGCCGUCCAUGGCCAGGCAACGUGACAGCAAGCUGUGGAGUGAGACCUUCGACCUGCAGCUGUGCCCCACGCUGACCGCCAGGGAGGUCAAACGACAGGAGGCCAUCUUUGAACUGUCCAAAGGAGAGCAGGACCUGAUCGAAGAUCUGAAGCUGGCGAAGAGGGCCUACCACCACCCCAUGCUGAAGCUGUCAAUCAUGUCAGAGCAGGAGCUGACACAGAUAUUCAGCACCUUGGACUCCCUAAUCCCACUGCACGAAGACCUGCUGAGGCGUCUGCAGGAGGCCAGGAAACCAGAUGGUUCCACUGAGUAUGUUGGACAUAUCCUACUAGAGUGGCUGCCCUGCCUCAGGUCAUACAGCAGUUACUGCAGUAACCAGGUGGCGGCCAAGGCGCUGCUGGACCAUAAGAAGCAGGACGGGCGGGUGCAGGACUUCCUGCAGCGCUGCCUGGAGUCACCCUUCAGCCGGCGGCUGGACCUGUGGAGCUUCCUGGACGUGCCACGCUCGCGCCUGGUCAAGUACCCACUGCUGCUGCGUGAGAUCCUGAGACACACGCCCAGCGAGCAUGCUGACUGGCCACCGCUGGGGGCUGCUAUCUCUAUGGUCCAGGGCAUUGUGGCAGAGAUCGAUGCGCAGACGGGAGAGUCAGAGUGCCGCUACUACAAGGAGCACCUGUUGUACCAAGAGGAGAGCCAGCGGGACCCGCUGAUCGACCAAUCACGCGUUCUCAGCUGCCACGGUGACCUCAGGAACAGCCGUGGCACUAAGCUGCAUGUGUUCCUGUUUCAGGGUGUGCUGGUGGUGACCCGCACGGUGGCGCACAGGGGGCAGCUCUGGUACCAGCUGCAGUGCUGCCCCCUCCCUCUGCAGGAGCUGGAGUGUGAGGACCUGCAGGACGGAGAGAUCAGCCUGGGGGGGUCGCUGCGGGGGGCCUUCAGCCACACCCAGAGGACCAAGAACCUCUUCCGGGUCACAGUGCGCAGCGGUCAGCAGGAGCGGUCCCUCUGCUUCCAGGCCAGCGACGCCUUCUGCAAGCAGCAGUGGCUCAACUGCCUCAGGCAGGCCAAGAGUGCAGCGGCCAGCGGGGGCGGGGCCAGCGGGGGCGGGGCCGGCGGGGGCGGGGCCGGCAGGGGUGGGGCGGGGCCCACAGACACCCCGCCCCUCUCAGGACAGGAGCGGCUGCACCGCAGCGGCAGGGAGGACUCGGACUGCAUGCACACCAGCGACAGCACAGACACCGCACAGCACACAGGAUGGAGUGCAGGGUCAGUGCAGCUCUGA